AUACUUCCGCAAAAUUGCAGAGACAGCAGGUAUCGGUUAGUUGUAGACAUGCCGUGCAAUAUUUGGUGGGCUAAUUGCGCGAAUCCAGCUUGAACGUAGUGAUUGAUCGAUGUAGCCCUAUGGCAGAAUAUAUAUCGUGCUGUGUGCACUUCCGAUCCACCAUAACUACAUUUCAGCAAUUCUACCGCCUUCUCAUCACAAACCUAGUAGCACAAUUACUCUGCACUCAGUCCAUAACAAUAACCAUAUGGUGCUCGUAUUUGAUUCCAUCUGAAUUCCGUUUUUGGAACCCAUGAAAUGAAGCACAUAUGAUGUAAUGUCGUGAAUCGAAGGUGACAGAUUCUGA